GGGUUUUGGUUCUGGUAUUUCGGUGUGUGCCGUAGCCGUCGGGACGGCACAAAAAUAGUCGUUCUGUCGUCGGAAGGAUCUCUGACAGAGAGCGUCCACGUGAAAUAGUGGUCAUUUUGUAUCGGAAUCGUGUUCGGAAGUCUGUGUCAGCAGCUGGCACAAUCGUUUGUUCAAAUAUUUAUGCACUUGUUCAAAACAUUGACUCAGUGAAAAAAAUCUGCAUUUGAAGGACAUAUUGAUAAAUAGUGGCAAAGUGUGUCGCGGAAAACAAAGUGGUCGCAGAACGCAAUAGCACGUCCACUCGCCAUUUGAGUAAUUUGGUUAACAACUAAUCGAUCGAGCUGAGUGGAACGACGUGAAUUGCCUAAAGUAAUAGCCCAUCAUCACCCGCGGAGCGAGUGUUAUUGAUCUGUUCGUGCAAAUUGUGAAGAUGUAUAUAGUGUGAUGUGUUUGUAAGAGCAAUUAUCGUGUCGUGAUUGAAAUUUAAUAAUUCAAAGGGUGUAUUGCGCGUAGCGCAAAAAGAGAAAAGUGAGCCGUGCUUAGUUUUGGCACCAGAACCAUAGUGCAGUCGGGGGGAAAAGUGUUUUUGUUAGAAAAAGAGCGAGAGAGAGAGUGUGAGGUGAAAAACAACAUUAGCUCAGUUGCCGCAACAUAAACCAUAGCAAUAACAUAACGAAUUGCACAUUAGCUGCCGGUGCUGCGGCGUUUUGUUGCCCGGUGCUAGUUUUUUCCUUCCGCCAGCGGCACUUCGGUCAGCCCCAAGUUCAUGGGUUUACUGUCUCGCAAGCUGUGGAAGAAACGACUAUGAUUGCUACCGGCGAGGAAUCGAUUUAAUUAAACGGCUGGUUGAAUCAAGAUGAUACCCACUCCUCGACAGCUCUACUCACAGCCACAGCCGGGGCAAACGUUCGGUUUCACAUGUGCAUCACACAGACAUCCGAGGCCUGAUCACCAGUACUAGCAACGAAGACGACAACGAAACUUCCGACCCCGGGAAGUGUGAAUAAACGGCUGCGUAGCACAAACUUUGCACCGCACACAUCCCUUCUCUCCCCCUACACCAAGCAGCCAGUCGAUGUUCCGUCGCCCCGGAUCAACGCCAUGUGGCUUCUUUGUGGCGAAACUGCGUCCUCCACGGUGAACCGAGCUGGGGACAAAAACGCAAACAUUCAGAAUCUGAGAACUCUUCAAGACUAAACUCGAGGCUCCGAUUUCCGGCACGAGAUUGUUGAAUAAGUGUAAUUUUGGCCCCGUCCGGCUUUUUCUUCCGGGUGCUAAACAUUGCGUUAGAGUGAAAAGUUUGCGAAAGUGUGUGCUUAAAAUUAUAAGUAGCAGGAUUGAAAAAAAAAGUCGCCCACGUCGUCGAAGAACGAACGCCAGCAGGGAGAAGAGAAAAAGUAGCAAAAGCAGCACAAAUUCCGGUGUGGUUAUAUAAUGAGAGGUCGACGAAUCCCGAUAGCAUUGCCAAACACAGGUGCCCUGUCACGUAGACGCCACACGCUUUACAUCCGAUCGGCCAUUAUUAUCUUUAUUCUGUUUGCAUUCCUGCAGUUUCACGUGAUAAACUAUGACUCGAAUGAUUCGGGACCUUCGGAUAGUGCCAACUACUCGACGGCAGCGAUCCUGCAGAUGGUGCCACCGGUUUUCCAUAAAUACCUGACAUCGAAGACCCGUAAUGCGAGCCACGGUCAAAAUGGCAGCCAGCUUGGCUCUGGUGAGGGCGCCCAGCGGUCAGCCAACAUCAGCGAAAUCCUCCGCAUGAUACACCGCUACAACGAGCUGCAGACGAUCCUGAACGAGGACAUCUUCGGUCCGUUACAAAAUGAUUCUGUGAUAAUAGUAGUGCAGGUACACAAACGGAUAACCUAUUUACGCCAUCUGAUCGUCAGCCUGGCGCAGGCAAAAGAUAUCUCCCGGACGUUGCUGGUCUUCUCGCACGACCAUUUCGAUGACGAUAUCAACGAUCUGGUGCAAAGUAUAGACUUUUGCAAGGUCAUGCAGAUUUUUUAUCCCUUCUCGAUACAAACUCAUCCGAACGAGUUUCCCGGAGCAGAUCCUGGAGAUUGCCCCAGGGACAUCAAAAAGGAACAGGCACUUUUACGCAAAUGUAACAAUGCACUGCACCCGGAUCUGUACGGUCACUAUCGGGAGGCCAAAUUCACCCAAACCAAACACCACUGGUGGUGGAAGUCGAACCGAGUGUUUGACCAGCUAGAAGUUACCAAAUACCACACGGGUCUAGUGGUCUUUCUGGAGGAGGACCAUUACGUAGCGGAGGAUUUCCUCUACAUCCUAGAGCUGAUGCAGCAAAAGUCACACGAACUGUGCCCAAAGUGUAAUAUUCUAUCGUUAGGAACAUAUCUUAAGACUUUCAACUACUACACGUACAAUAAAAAGCAGCAAAAGCAACUACUGCAGCAGCAACAACAACUGCUCCAGCAGCAGCAAUUGCAACGUCAGCAACAAGCCAACAGUGAUGGUGGCGGUGGAGGAGGCGAAGGUGGUGGUCAGUUUACCACCGAAAAGUAUGCUUCACAGUCCCAGUGGGGUUACCAGGUGUUGCCAACACUCUACUCCAUCUACCAAAAGGUGGAGGUGACACCUUGGAUCAGCAGUAAGCACAACAUGGGCAUGGCCUUCAACCGGUCCACCUGGCAUGAGAUUACCCGAUGUGCACGUCACUUCUGCGAGUAUGACGACUACAACUGGGACUGGUCGUUGCAGCACGUGUCGCAGCAGUGUCUCAAACAGAAGCUACACGUGAUGGUCGUCAAAGGCCCCCGGGUCUUCCACAUUGGCGAAUGCGGAGUACACCACAAAAAGAGCAACUGCGAGUCCAACCAGGUCAUCUCGAAGGUGCAGCAGGUCCUCCGGGUAGCACAUCGAUCCCGGCAGCUCUAUCCGAAAUCGAUCUCGCUGAUGGUGGCUAGUGUCAUCAAGAAGACCAAGCUGCGCAAAGGAAACGGUGGCUGGGGUGAUCAGCGGGACCACCAGCUCUGCUUCAAUAUUACCCUGAUCGGGCGGUAAUCCGUAAAGAUAGGUAACAUUCCUACCCCACCUCAGGGGGAUUGUACGGUGGAAGCGGGUUUAUUUUGUAUAGCUCAAGACGACUGAAAACUAGUAAAGACUCGUAGCACCGCCGCCACCGUGAUGAAGGAGAAAGAACUAAGAAACACACGUCCUAUUUGAAGUAAUAUAUCCAAUAGUCUACGUGUGAGACAUUUUUGAGAAUACACUAGACUAGCAGCAAAGUCAAACAAGUGAUUUCGUCGGUAACCGUGUAGUGUGUGUAAAAGAAAUAGCUAAAACGCACCAUUUUAUAUGUAAAGGGGAUAAAAUAGGGAUGAAAGGACAUACGUGAGAUAUGUUUCGGUCAUUACUGUUAUGUCCCCUGCUUCACUACACAUCUCUCAUUUUGAGGCCAAUUUUAAAGAACUGAGUUCGAAAUAUGGUUUUUUGUUAUAUAAAAAGUGAUCCUAAUGAGCUCCCGUAGGAAAACAAGCCAGUUCCAGUUAUAUUAAAUUAUGUUCAAUGCUGUGCAAUUUUCCAGUAAACCUCCAGAGGCACAAAUUCGAUGCGAGAUUAUAUCUCUACCGAUAUUCCAUCCUCAAUAUGUAAUAAAUGAGCGGCAGCUGCCCCAAAUCAUAUGUUGGUUAAUGGGCACGACGUCCUAAUUUAAUAAAAUAUAAAAUGUAGCCACUUUUUUGUUUAAGACCAGUUCCUUCUUGUUCUAAGCUCCAUGAGAUUUAUGCUUCUUUUCAGUAAGAAUCUAACAGCCGCCUGUUUAGCUCAAAAUUACUAUACUAAAGGUACAAGUGUCAGAAGCAACUAGUGGGUUCAUUAACCUACUGUCAGUUAGUUCACAUUUGAUUCGUAAUCGAAGUAUUUCAAAAUCAAUUUCAGAAGACAUCGGAGCUACGGAAGAUUCCAAAUUAAAGACGCUGAAUCCCUCUGGAUAAAGACUCGCCAUCUCUAUAUUAUUCUUCUUAUUUAUAUGUGUCAUUCCAAUCGAGCACGAGACUUGUCAAAAACACUCAAUCCGAAGAAAUUCGUUUCGAAUUCUUCUGGAACGAGGACCAUUGACAGGUCUCGUUCUCGAUUGGAAUGAUAAUGACAGAUAAAUGGUAAACAAACGAUUGACGUGUCGAGUCUUUAUCCAGAAGGAUUCAGCGUCGUUAUUCCAAACGAAAUAAGGCUUAAUUACGGAUACACACUAGCGCUAUCUGUAGUUGUAUAGUUGAAAAAGGGUUUUCAAUUGGAUUCCGCCGAAUCUACGUUUUUUUUUCAAAUUCAAGUAGGGGAACUGUGCCCAAGACGGUUAAAUAGCAAAUUCGACUCGUCGAUUGAUGCAAUGCUCGCAAAGUGCACGCAAAUCGUGAUUUGAGAUCAUAUUCCAUCAAUAUAGUAACUGAUACUAAAUCUAGCGACAAUAGAAAAAUAGCUCAAGGGUUUGCCAUUUAACGGCAUUCUGCUUUGUAUUCGCAUAAAAAAUAUGUCCAUCUUUUCUUCCGUACUGUAUCUGUCACAACCAACAAGAUACCAAAUUUAAAAAAUGUUCCUCAAUCAUGAACGACUCAUUGAAAUCUAUGUUUUUUCAAUAGUCAAGCCAGUACAUCGUGUCAACCUAAAAAUAUUUUCCGAGAUAAACAGCUUUAAGGUUUAAUCUUUUUUUUCUGAUGUCAAAAAAAAUAUAUCCAUUAGCGUGCUCUCGAUAAAAAAAUUGUUUUGCUUCUGAUCUGAUAAUUCGCGUAUUAGAUAAUAGCAGUAUCGUUCAGAAUCAUUUGAAAUCUUCUAGAAAUCAUAUUCACUACCAUUGAACUGAAUUUUUCAUUUUGUGAGGAACGCAAUUUGUCCAUCUUACCCACAGAGUCCGUCUUAGACGCAGUUCCCCUAUAUUCAAAUAACUUUCAGCCGUACAAAAACACUACCUGUCGGAGUGUAACUGAGCUCACGUGUACCAUAAAGGCAUUCGAAUUCGGAUUAGGCUAACAAGCAGAAUUUAGACACUAUGGCGAAAUUUAAGCCAGUUCCAGCUACACUUCGGUGGUUUUAAUGUACAUCCGGAAUCAAUUCGAUUUCAGGAAUCUUACGGAUGAUCGUUUUCGAAAUUUGUUGAUUUGGAGCGGGUGCGAUCCGGUAACCAAAAAAAGAAAUGACUGUUUCCAGAUGAAGAUUCAGGGUGGACCAAAAGGUUUUUAUCAAAAUGCAACAACCGAUUCCCGCAGAACUGGUACCCUUACCCAAAUUCUAUCAGAAUCCACUGUCACUAUAAUUAAAAUUCAUUAUAGUGACAGUGGACUACCAGCUAUUCCCCGGCAGGUAGUGCUAGUGUCCACCAGAAUCUUCCGGUUGAAAAUUUUCGAAAUCAUUCUCGAGCGCUCCAGAAGCCGGAAAAUGAACUGACUGAUAAAGAUUCCAAUCACUCACAUAGUUAGAAGUUCUAUUGUAUCUGCUUAGUUCGAUGUAGUUUAAACAUUAUUUUAUCCCUAGAUUUAUUUAAACCGUAUAGUUAAAUGGGAGCAAGGCUGCCGAAUAUAAAAAGGAACCCACGAAGGUUAAAAGCCGUUCAACGUAAUAAAAACCCCACGUUAGUCAGGAAAGAAAAAAAUACCACUAGAAAGAAACAAUAAAAGUCCACAAUAAAACGAAACACGUACGAAGUAAGAAGAAAUACGCCACUUGUACCAGUAAGCACGAAGAUUUUAGAUGAUAUAAUACCAAAAAAACAAAAGUAAUAAACGAAUACAAACCAAACGAGGAAACAAUACCAAACCAAGCAACACAACGGUUGCAGAACGCACACCUCAAGUCAAGCUUCUGCUAAUGCUAUUUAAACAUACGUACACUAUUUCAAAUUCAUCAAUUGAAGUCACAUUCAGCCAGCAUUAUUUCGGUUCAAUUCACACUUCAAAAAUGAAACAUCAUCUCUAGUCAUCACUGAUAUAAUGUUAAAACAACCAUAUUGUUGCAUUUACUUCUGUUUUCGUUGUUAUGUUAUUUUUUCUAUAAAACAUCAUUGUUUCUGUUGAAAUGACAUUUUGCGCGAUAAAAACUAGUAAUAGUUGAAGUGACCUACCAGUCCUAAAAGAAUCCCAGGGUCACGAUAGAAUUUGGCGAAUGGACCCAUUUAAAGUCACCUAAAUAAAAAUAAAAGAUCGCGAUCCUAAUCGUGUAGUAAAAGAAAACGUAACUGAGGCAAAAAUACUGAAAGGAAUUUUAGUGUGUCGGAUAACUGAAUGUAAAUACAUUUUGAAAAAUAAGAUUAAAAUGAUGUAUAAGACAAA